CCUCGUUCCAGCUCCAAGUGCCUGUCGGUAGUUCCGCAAUAGCAUUGGGCCAAGCGCUAAUCGUUUCCUAUACUUGUUGCUUGCGGAGUCGAUAUACAGAGUCAUUCCCCGAAAUGCAGGGCUGAUCAUCCACAUGGUUUUCGCGGAAAAGAUUCCUUUCGUCUCUCAGACAUCGAUAUAGCUUUUUUGCCCAACGUUUCGCAUAAGGAAAUGCUUGCAUUCAUGUCUCCAACAUCCAAUAAUUCAUUGCCUGGAGUCAACUACUGGUAUGGCAGCAACAGCCUGCCAGAUGCGUUGGAAGGGUUACCACAAGAAAACCCUAACAACCCACGCAUGAUGCGUCGAGCAUCAGAAGCCGUAGUACAAGCUGCAGGCUUCCAAAGUCAGGACAACUGGGAUCAGUGCCAAGGUCAACUCCACCUCGAUACCUCACAAACAACUCUUGUGAUUCGCCCGCAGUCAGCGGCCGCGAACGCAGGACACAAAGCCCCGCUGGCACCCAAACAGGGACUAGGGGGCGCCCUCGCCAACGCUCGCGGUCAACAUUCGUCUCCCAUAUCAGGCACCUAUGCCCUGCGAACACCCCGAGGAAAGAUUACGUCCAUAGCCUGUGAAAGCUGUCGGAAACGCAAAUCGAAGUGUGACGGUGUUCGACCCAAGUGCAAUACCUGUCAGUCCAAGAACCUGACAUGCGUAUACGAUGUGGCCGAAGAUGGCAAGACGACAACGCAACUACGAGCCCACGUUAGACGACUAGCGAAGGAAUUAGAGGAUAUGAAGUCUGUGGUGUCCUUGUUGGCCCUUGCGCCAGACCGAGCUGCAGCUGCAAAUUGGGCGUCUGAGAUUGAGAAGAAUGGCUUUGCGCAUCACUCGGUCGAUGAGAUCAAACGUGCACUCGGGGACUCCAACGAGCAAACAUCUGCUAUACCAGAGCAAGACUCAUUCGGUACACCGAGCAGCGAGCAGUUCGUGGGACAAUUGCCAAACUUGGGCGCGUCUUCCUACAACGGAUCUUCACGGGAAGAAAGUCGGGAACGCAGCCAAGCCGCUUUGAACUUUGCGCCUGACACCGCAGUUGACGGUGUGAUGCCCAUGAAUCCGUCGCCCUUGAUCCUCGAAACCGCCGCGAACGCACUGAGCAAAUUUGGCUUCGACUGCGCAUACUACCGGAGAACGAAACAGGACCUACUUGCCAAUGGAUGGAAUGAGGCCCAGAUAUUUGGCAGAUCCGAGAUAGACGUAGAUUCUCUGUUGUUGGGCUUUGCAGAUCCUCAGGACACACAAACCGUUCCGGCGUGGUGCGCAAGAACAGUGAACAAGAUUCUUCCAACCGUAAAUCUGCCUGUGCGACUGGCUUCAACUUGGAUAUUGACCAAAUUGAUGCGUUGGCUGAUCUGGCCGAGCGUGGAGAACAUGAACUCCAACCCGGAAUGGCUGACACCUCCUAUGGGCAAGCAGGAUGUGUCGCCGUACGAUAUCUUGAUCGACCUUGUGCCUUGGCCACAAAUACGGCGACUUCUGUACCAGCAUCCUCAAGAAUUUGCGGUCGGUCCGCUGGUCGGCUCUAUCGGUAUUACUUGGCCAUACGCAGAAGAUUCAUGUCACUACUGGGACAUCGAGGCAGGCUGCACACGCAUGACUCCACUGUUUGAGAGUACUGUAGCCGACUUGAACAACUGGGUUCUGGAUCCCAAGAUACUCGAGAUCAUGCCUCAACUCGAAGGCAUGGUACCGUUGAAACCAGUCUCGGCGUAAUUGGACAUUCUUUGGAUCUUUCGGGGUGUCUGCGGAGGCUCGCUGAGGAACAGCAAUCCAUCGCGGCGUUUAACUGCAUUCUUUCUUGUACUGGGCGGUGUUACGCAUAUAUCCCUUGGAGGUUGGUAAUUGCAGGAACUCGCGUGCAGCGCAAUAGCGUAGGGAGCCAUUGUACACACUCGUUGGAAGGUGGGACAUAUCAAUAGACCAUGGUCAGGCCUCGACAGGUGCAGCAUGCGCAUACAUAUUACUUUGGCGAUGCGGAAUUAAGCCGUCGCAACACCUUUCGUGCUGAAAACCCACACCGUUG